ACCUUAUUUUCCACUCACUUGAUAAGGUUGAAAACAACAAAGAUGUACAAAAGCAAACACUAUCACUUCCUCUUACUAUCCCUCUAUUUUUGCCUUCUUUCCAACAUUCUUACUUCAAUCAAUGCUACUGAUCAAGCUGCUAACUUAUACAAAUUACUAAAGCAUAAGAAUUCGAAGAACCCAUCUCUUGCUGCUUCUUGGGCCACAUUGCCAGCCCAAAUCAAAGAAACUCGGGUUCAUAUUGGGCCUCAGAAUGGGCUUAUGAAGGCUGACAAAAUCACCUCCUUACCGGGCCAGCCCGAUGGAGUGGACUUUAUUCAGUAUGCUGGGUAUGUGACCGUUGAUCCAGCUCACGAUAAGGCAUUGUUUUAUUACUUUGCUGAAUCUCCCAAAAACUCUUCUUUAAAACCUUUGGUUUUAUGGCUCAAUGGAGGGCCUGGAUGUUCCUCAUUUGGUAAUGGAGGACUACUAGAAUUGGGACCUUUCAGGGUAAAAAGCGAUGGGAAGACUCUAAUCCGAAAUCCUUAUUCUUGGAAUAAUGAUGCAAAUGUGAUAUUCUUGGAAUCACCAGCAGGAGUAGGAUUCUCUUAUGGGAAUGAAUCAAUCAUCUAUGAACAAACAGGGGAUAUGAGCACAGCUAAAGAUGCUUAUACUUUCCUUGUGAAUUGGUUUGAGAGAUUCCCUCAGUAUAAAACCCGAGAAUUCUACUUAACCGGAGAAAGUUAUGCUGGUCAUUAUGUGCCUCAACUUGCUUAUACCAUCUUGCACCACAAUAAGAAUGCAAAGCACACUUCCAUUAACCUCAAAGGCAUUGCGAUAGGCAACGCAUGGGUGGAUGAUGUUACAAAUACAGCAGGGAUGUAUGAUUAUUUGUGGAGCCAUGCUAUGUACUCGGAUGAAACAUAUUACAAAAUACAAAAAUAUUGCAAUUUUUCAGCGACAUCUACUUCUCAAAAAUGCCAAGAUUAUAGUGAAAAAGCUGGGGAAGAAGUAGGAAUUAUUGACGUCUACAACAUUUAUGCUCCAGUCUGCCUUACAUCUGGAAAUUCCAAAGCUCGUGUUCUUGAUUCAGUGGAGGUUUAUGAUCCAUGUUCUUCAAAUUAUGUGGAUACUUAUCUAAAUUCUAAAGAUGUGCAAAAAGCUCUCCAUGUCAAACCUACAAAAUGGCUAUCAUGCAGUCUAUUUGAGUGGCAAGAUAGUCCAUCUACUGUUUUACCAGUUAUUCAGAAGCUCAUUGCAAGCAAUAUAAGUGUGUGGGUUUACAGUGGAGAUGUGGAUGGACGUGUGCCAGUUACAUCGUCAAAGUACUCAUUAAAGACCCUCAAGCUUCCGAUCAAAACUGCUUGGCGUCCAUGGUAUUCGGACCACCAGAUUGGAGGGUACGUAGUGGGCUAUGAAGGAUUGGUAUUUGUAACAGUAAGAGGGGCUGGUCAUCUAGUUCCAAGUUACCAACCUCAACGAGCUUUGACGAUGCUCUCAUCAUUUCUCCAAGGAAAUUUGCCUCCCAAGUCCUAGAUCAUCUUUACAUUGUUUUUCUUCUUUCAAAUUUAUUUCAUAUUUAUAUGUAUAUCAAGAUAUUCAACUAAAUGACACCAUGCACACACUCAUUAAUAACAGUGGUUUCAGAAAUCAUUCUGAUGAUCUAUCACAA